CCAAUUCACAUAACGUUUCCUAGAUCUCGCAAUGGUGGUGGCUCUUGGUCCCGGAAAAUUCUACGGCAGCAGCCUCCCAAGGCCAAGGUUCUACACAGACGUGAAACUGAACGACGAGAGGGUAGAUCCACCGGUUCCAGUCAUGGAUCCGCUAAUGUCGUGGGCUCAGGAGGCUCAUUGGUCGAUGGGUGGUCUGAGUUUCACGCGCCACCGCCUCCAAGGCAGGAUUGAAGGGAACGUUAAGAAGCUCCGGGCUGAGAGAGAGAAGCUUUUUAAGAAAGCCCAGAAGGAGAAGGGGAGCGGUAGUCCGGUGACGCCGCCGGCUCCGGUGGCGGUGAAGCGGAGGAGGAGGAUGUUGGUGGAUGAGGAGGAGGAAGAGGAGGAGGAGGUGGUGGUGGAGGAGAAGAGGAGGGAACUUAGGAAGACGGCUAGGAAGUUGGGGGAUGAUUUUGACAGGGUGGCUAAUGAGAAAAAGAGGAGUCCGGCUAGGGCUGGUGGUGGUGGGGCGGCAGGGAGAAAGAGAGGCCGGGUUGGUGAGGAGGAAGAAGGGGGUCAGGAUGAAAUUAAAGGAAAGUUGAAGGGUAAGAAGGAAAUUGGAAAAAAGAAGGGAGAGAAGAACGGGGCUGUGGCUGCUAAAGGGACUAGAACUUCCCCUAGAUUGGCAAAGAGAGGAUGAAUUUGACAAUCAAUGGCGUAUUCUGCUGUUAAUUUUAGGCUUAUAGCUACCUAUAUACUUAAGAAGAGAGUUAUGGUUUAAUCUUGCACUAAUCUUUUUCUGCUUUUAAUUUUUCUUC